AUGGCAACCCCCAAUCCUACCUGCCCAUCGUUUAAGAAGUGGCGUGGCGUUUCCUUUCGCAAUAACCAACGUCUUGAGGACGAAACCAAGCCCCCAGUCUUCGCUCCUAAGUUCAAUGUAUACGUGCCUCCAGACCUCCAAGAUUUGCUCCAAACGCGGCCCCGUCGGUUCUCACCCGAUAAUUUAAAGGAAGCUGUGACAGCAAUCAAAGCGAACGACAAGCAACAGUGGCUUCCAGCUGCUCAAGCGAUACGCAAGGCUCUAAGCAAAGAGGCUAAACCCCCCAUCCAGGAGGUGUUGGACCUGGGAGCCCUCCCUAGACUCGUCUCAAUGAUGGAAUACGAGGCUGCCUGGGCGGUGUGUAAUGUGGCUAGUGGAAAUAGUGCUCAGUGUACGGCAGUGGUUGAGGCGGGGGCAGUGUCGCCCGCAUUGAAGAUGCUCACGGCGGAUGCUAGCAAUCUCAGGGAACAGGCGGCGUGGCUGCUGGGCAACGUCGCGGGUGACGGUGCAGUCCUCCGUGACAAGUGCCUGGAGGCGGGUCUGCUGCCCCCGCUGCUGGCGGCCGUGGCUCAGGAGAGGGAGGUGAAGCCCCUCAGACAAUACACCUGGCUGCUGCUCAACGUCACACGGUUCAAACCACGAAGGAAGGAGACGCUGUUGGAGGUGCUGCCCACUGUGGCCCGGGUGACUGCGGACACCUCGGACGAUGAGACCCUGGCCGACGGCAUGUCGGCCCUGGCGCACGUUGCGGACGACUGCAAUGCGGAGGUGGUGGGGAGGGCGAGGGAGGCGGUGCAGCGGGCGGGACAGCUUGUGAACGACCCCGCCACACCCAAGGGUGUCGUACUUCCCGCCGCCAAAGUGCUCUCGGCGCUGUGCUCUGGAGACGAGGCUGCCACGCAAUUGGUCAUUGACACAGGUGUGCUGACUGCGGGCUACCGGCGGUUGCUGCAAGGCAGUGAUGCCCCGGGGCUGCUGAGGGAGGUGUGCUUUGCGCUGUCGAACAUUGCGGCAGGGACACAGGACCAGGCCCUGGCAAUUAAGGAUGCUGGGCUGCUGCCCCUGAUAACCGCCGUAUUCAAGCGCUGCAGUACAUCAGAUGCCGUACAUCGGGAGGCCACUUGGGCCCUAUCUAACAUGGCCACAAAGGGCCUCCCGUCCCUAGCCCUGGCGGUCCUGGAGGCGGGUGCUGCUCUCCCCCUAGCCGAGUACCUGUCGAGCCACGCGGCCAAGAGCCAGAGAACGGAUGCGGCGGCUAACGUGGCGGCGGCAGAGGCGCUGCUCGCCAUGGCGCAGGCCGGGGCGCUUGACGGUGGCGGCGCCGGUGUUGCAGACACAACCACAGCCGUAGCCGCAGUGAACCCCGCUGUGGCGGAGUACUCGUCCAAGGGUGUGUACGACACAUUGCAGAGCACCUUGGGCCGCGGGUUACUGAGUGGCAAGGCGCUGGAUUACGUUGAGAGACUCAUCCGGGAGUUCCCACCACCAUCAUCACCACCACCACCACCACCCACCGACAGCACCGCCGCCAGCAAUGCCUGA